AUGCCUGGUAUUCCCAGAUCCAAAGGGUGUCGUUCCUGCAAAGCCCGAAGAAUAAAGUGUGAUGAGAACUGGCCCGCCUGUUCUCCCUGCGUCCUGAGAGGGUACGACUGCCCCGGACCAACGUCCUUGGUCAAGUUUAUCAGGGACGGAAACCACAAGAACUCUCGAUCAGAAUUAUAUGUAGAAAGGGGGAACAUCUCCACAGCCUGGGUGUCUGAAGUGUGUGCUCGGCCUAGACGAUCCACAGAGUCUCCUGAGCCCGAAGGCCCAGAUAAAAGAAGACGACCAGCCAACAUUGCAACUAUUCCUGCUGCUCAUCUCACCUGCUUCCGACUCCCUUCCAAGCUACGGCCUCUGCCUACCACAGUAACAGAUCGUCUUGCCGCUCAGCUGGUUAGCCACCUAAAUCGGGCGACUGAUCGUGGCAUGAUUCUGUCGAAGAGCUAUCUGCAGUACGUUCCCGGCCGACUCGCAUAUUUCCCAUGCCUUCGGGAUACGAUCGCCCUUUUCUGUACUGUUUGGUCCAAUUUCCGCCGCGGAAGGCAGUCGCUUGACUUUAUUAAUUUACCCGCCUAUGGGAAAGCAAUCCGGAGCUUACGCCGUGCCUUGGGAACUGAGCAGGCAUUCGCAGUGGAGACACUGGCAGCCGUCACGAUUUUGCAAAGAACCGAAGAGCUAUUCAAUCCUGGUGGACAGAGAAUGAUACACGACCAGGGGAUGGCAACUCUAUUGGAAAAUAUAGGGCCACCUGAACCGAGUGAUGAGUUUCAUAUCAGUGUGUUGUGCGAGGAUUAUAGCAUUCUGGUCCCUUACUGGAUAAUGUCAGGAUGGAAAAAUGUCAUGAAUGAGUCCCCAUUCAGAACCCCAAUUAUCGAAGGAUUUGCGAAAUACACGGGAAACAAUCGAUUGUCCCCGCUAGUGCAGACAGCAUUCCACAGGUUUGACGCCGUCACGAAAGCACUGCCCGUCUUGAUACGUGCCUGCGAGUCCCUCUGGGAGCCUUCCAAUGGCGAGUUUAACCACGGCUCCAGCAUAUACAUAACAAAUUGUUUUAAGGAGACACAUGAGGUGGCAGAAGACAUCAUGGCCAAGUUCCUUGAGGGAGCUCUGGGCACAGGCGACAUCGAGGAGAAACUAGAUGAAGCUUCUCUCUGUGAAACAAGCUAUUACUUUUCGACAAUUUACUUGGCACAGAUCGUCCUUGGUCUGACCAGUGUCCACUUAUGCAUCGUUCGGAUGCGAUACGACUGGAGCGCUGCCCAUGGGCUCCCAGAAACGAGGAAUAUUUAUUCAAAGCUGAGGGAGCUUUCAGAGCAUGUUUGGAAAUAUGCUAGAUUUCUACGCAGCGUCGAAUCUUUUAUUGGGGUCACAUCUCAGCGUUCUCUCUACCUCACUCUUGAAGUUGCAGGGGUCGAUGAAAAAGAGUAUCUCUUGGACUUGAUUUCAGACAUGGACAGCUUUCGAAGACGGCUUCCUGUGCAGAGGGAUGAUUUAGAGGCGCAGAUUCUUAUGUAUGCUAGGCUUUUGACAGGACGAAGGCCAUGA